AUGCGAUUCCUGGCAAAGGUGGCGACCGCCUCUACUUUCACACUUGGAGUAGGGGCGGCAGGCUUUCUGUACUGCCAGCGGGGCAGCGACCUAGGUGCUGCAGCGGGAACGAGCGAGUCGACGAAGGAGCUCUCCGCGAAGGAGUUCAAUAGACUGCAGCACGUGAAGCAGCUGAAGGAGGCACUGGCACCGUCACACUUGCCGUGGACUUUCCAUGCACAGAAGGAUCGGUACACGAACCUUCGCGAACUAACAACGCAGACUUCGUUGGAGUCUGUAGCCUCCUCUCCGCCUGGAGGACGAGCUUACACCGCCUCUUCGUCCGAUGUGAAGCUCAUCUUCUACCGUCUCCUCGGCUGCCCGUACUGUGCCAAGGUGGAGGCUGUGCUGCAGUACCACGAUGUCCCAUAUGAAGAGGUCGAUGUUGACCCGCUAACCGGCAAAGGACUGCCAGACCGUCGCUAUCAGCUGGCACCACAGCUGUACUUUGCUCCGUUGGCAGAGCGCAAGAGUAACAACACCGGGGCAGCAGCCACAGACUGCAAUGGCGUGUAUUUGGUGGACUCCGCAGAGAUUGUGUCACAGCUCUCCGGACCGCUGAAGUACGCGGCGGACGUUGUCAACCCACACAUCAGCGCCACCCGUGACUGGAUCACGAAUCACUUCCACGGUGCCUCUUUUGCCAUCACGAACAACUCCUUCCGUGAUGCCUACGCCACGUACACGUAUGUGACGCCAAGCAACUACCAGAACUUCUUCUACCAUGUUGCUGGCAGUGCCGCACUGUCGGUGCUUUCACGGUACAAGAUCCGGCCAAGGCUUAUUGCAGAGAUGGAGUGUGCUGACGGCCCGUCCGCCGCCACGCAGACGGGCACCCGGUCGGGCAUGGCCUCGAAUGGUCUGUGGAUGCUGUCGGAGGCUUCGCGCAAGGCGCUCGCGGAGACGAUGCGCUUCGGCGCGGUGGAGGAGUGGCUGCAGGCCGAGCUGCAAACGUUCCUGCAGCGUCGCCCGAAUGGAAAAGUAUUUCACGGCGGCAGCAGCCCCGACCUGGCAGACGUGGAGAUGUACGGGGUGACGCGCGUGGUAAACCAGCACCCACGGCUCGGUUCUGUGAUGCGCGAGGGCGCCUUUGGCGAGUGGCAGACGGCAAUGCAGGAGAAGCUGAAGUCACACACAGGAUCGGUGUACGCCUAG